AUGAGGAGGAAAAAGUGGGAAGACGACACUAGUAGUAGUAGUAGAAGAAGAAGAAGAAGAGCAGCAGGAGGGCUUAAUAAGGUGGUUCCGAAAUAUAGGUGGUGGCACUGUAAAGACUGCAGGCUUGGGGGGCAGGAGGGGAGAAUAGGAGAAGCCAAUAAUAAUGCUACACAACCCCAAAAUGAUGAAACCACGCCUAAUUUGAACAUGCCUAGGCGUAGGCGUAGGCGUAGGCUGGGGAGGUUAUCAGGUGCACACAAUAACAACACUGCAGGGAAUUAUAAUGAAACUAUGAAACUUAGGAAUGGAAAGACAAUUGAACGUGGUAGUAGUAGAAUUCCAAGUGAAACGGAAAGGGAAAAUGACACAAUUAUUAGCCCUUCCAGAAUGGCAUCUAAUCCUAAUCCUAAUCCUGCUAUAUCACAUUGCACUGCUGCUGCACAAAAUGUUGGGAGUGGUGUGGACAAAUGCUACACUACAGAUAAUGCCCCACUUCCUCCUCCUCGGAAUAAGGGCAUUCUUAUUAGAGAAGCAGCACCAAAUGCAAAUGCAAAGGCAAAUGCUGCUCAUCAUCACCAAUCAUUAAGGAUAAGAUCAUCACCCCCUACUCUGCAUAACAAUCCUUCUGCAACUUCAUUCACCAGAUUAGGGAAAGCCCCUAUUCUGCAUAACAAUGAGGAUUUUUCUGAUGAAGAUGAUGAUGAUGAUGAUGAUGAUACAGAGUCUGAUGAGGACAUAAAAAUGCUAAGAUUGGAAGUCGAGGCUCGAACCCAAAAACCAAAUAUUCAGACAAGGAUUGAUGAUACUUUAAAAGGGAGGGCUUAUGGUUCAUAUGGAAACCAGUCAUCAGCACACCGGCUUUCUCCUGGAACUAAUUUUCAACCUAAUCAACCCAGAGGAAACAUUCAUAUAGCCACCGGGGUCCUAAUACACACUGGAUCAUCAAGCCACAUCAACAACACACCAACUGGGCUCCCUGGAUCACCAAGAUCUUCUAUGAAUAAUCGGGAUCCUCGUGGGAGUGAACUUAUUUCACCCAGACCUAAAUUUUUCAGCUUCCCCCCGCCAUCUAAUCCCAAUAAUCUCACCUUUCACCCUCAGCUUUCUAAUCUUGGUGGAGCCUCAACACUGCAACCAGCUGUGACUUCUUUAUUUGGCGGUACAGCUCCAAUGCCUUUAAACCCUCAUCAACAGCAAUCACCAAGGCUGAUGUUGCAACUCUCACAACUUGGAACGACCAGACCACCACCCAUGACUACUGAUGCAAACAACACUACUAGUGGGGGUGUUCUACACAAAAAUCAAGGUUCUAGUCAAGGUAAUAAAAAGGAUUCUCAUUGAUGGAGGAGCUGAGGAAUGAAUUGCAUGCACCUGUAAUGCUGUUUUUAUAUAUUGGUGUUUAACGACAACUACUUAUGGUCUUGGAUGGAUUUAUUUAUAGCCCAGCUUGAACCUUUUUUUGGGCGGGACUAAAUAAUCUCAGCUGUAGCUGAACCAAAUACAAUGUGACUGGAUUUGUUUAUGAAAUGAUUUCGCUAUUUUCAUAUAAGUUUGGAGUUCAAUUAUUUUUACAGACAGUACAG